AUGGAGAACGAGAGAGGCGAGAUUGUCGACCUGUACGUGCCGCGCAAAUGCUCUGCGACCGGCCGUAUCAUCAAGGCCAAGGACCACAGCUCUGUUCAGAUCUCCAUCGCAAAGGUUGACGAGAACGGCCGCGCGAUUGCGGGCGAGAACCACGUCUACGCGCUGUCCGGCUUCGUCCGUGCCCAGGGCGAGAGCGACGACUCCAUCAACCGCCUCGCUCAGCGGGACGGCUUCCUCAAGAACGUCUGGAACCCGAUCCGGUAA